CCUCUUCUCAUUAAUUACACAAAACAAAAACGGAAAAUAACGGAAAUCAGUUACUAUUAACACAAAAAGAUCUCCCAAAAAGAAAAAAAAAACCGCGAAAAUCAAUGGAAGAAGAAGCACAUCUCCAUAAACACAACAGCUUGAACAAAAUCCCCCUAUUUACAACCAGUCCAAAGCCUCAGAAUUCGGUGGAUUUAUCCAACGACGACGCAAGCGACGACCAUUCCACGCAUCACAGCCAUGAAAUCGAGCAAAAUGUCGAUCAAUUCAUCGAUUCGAUCGCCGCAAUCGAAGAUAAAUCGUCGCACACGCCGGAGAUACCCGAUUUCAUCGAGACCUUCUCCAAAAUCAUCGUAUCGAGAGUGAGGAAGUACAAUUCCGGCGCUGCAGGAGCCAGAUUCGGCAAAAGGACUGAGGAUGAUAUGAUGUUCAUCCAUUCAGUUAGGCGGAUCUCGAAAUUGACGAACGCGUUGGGCGAAUUUCCGCCGGAUUCGAGCGUGAAUCCAUCGAUGAAUCAGACGAGCGCGGCGCUGCAACGCGCGAUGGUGUUUCUGGAGGAGGAAUUCCGGUCCUUGUUGGAGGAAUCGAGCACUUGGAGGAGCGACGACGCUGAUAAUUCGCUCAGAUUGUCGGUCUGCAGCUUGAAGAGUCAGGGGGAUUAUUGCGAGAGGGAGGAUUCUGCUCCGGCGGAGGAGUAUCCGUCGUAUUCGGAGGAGGCGGUGGCGAAGAUGCACGAGAUCGCGUCGACGAUGAUCGCGGCGGGGUACGAAACAGAGUGCUGCCAGGUGUACUACAUCUCGCGGCGGAACGCGAUCCGGAAGCAGAUGGCGCGCCUCGACUACGAGAUCAUGUGGAACAUGGACGACGUCGCCAAGGCGGCGUGGGAGACGCUGGAGGCGGAGAUCUCGCGGUGGAUCAACGUCGUCAGAUCCUGCUCAGAUCUGAUCUUCCCCGGCGAAAAACGCCUCGGCGAAGCCGUCUUCGCUCUCUACCCGCAGAUCUGCAGCAGAUCCCUCACCAACAUCAUCCGCGGCGUCGUGAUCCAGCUCCUCGAUUUCGCAGAGGCGACGGCCAUGGCGAAGAGAUCCGCAGAAAAGCUCUUCAAAUACCUCGAUAUGUACGAAGCGCUCCAAUUCCUCCUCCCUACCAUCUCCGGCGACUCCUGCUGGGGAGAUCUCGUCGACGAAGUCUCCGACGCAAUCGACCGCAUCGGAGAAUCCGCCGUCAGCAAUUUCUGCGAUCUGGAGAAUUCAAUCAAAGGCGACGCCGGCCGCGUCCCCGUCCCCGGCGGCGCAAUCCACCCCCUCACUCGGUACGUGAUGAAUUACCUCAAAUACACCUGCGAUUUCAAGGACACACUAGAGCAGAUCUUCGAGAAACACACGAAAUUAGCGAAGAACACCUCCGAAUCCAUCAGUCUCGAUCUGGAAAAGGAGAGCCUAAGCCCUCACAACUUCGAAACCAUGGCCGGAACGACGCCGUUCUCGAUCCAGGUAGUCACAGUGAUGGAUCUCCUCGACGGAAAUCUCGAUAAGAAAUCGAAACUCUACCGCGAUCCGGCGCUCCGCCACAUCUUCCUGAUGAACAACGGCAGAUACAUCUUACAAAAGGUGAAAGGCGCGAGCGAGAUCCUCGACGUCAUGGGCGACCAGUGGUGCCGGCGGCGAUCGACGGUGGUGAGGCAGUACCACAAGAACUACCAGCGGGAGACGUGGAACAGAGUGCUGCAGACGCUGAGUCAGGAGGGGCUGCUGGUGAACGGGAAGCCAAACAAGCAGCUGAUAAAGGAGAGGUUCAAGGUGUUCACGGCCACGUUCGAGGAGAUAUACCGGUCGCAGACGGCGUGGAUUGUCAGCGACGAGCAGCUGCAGUCGGAGCUGAGGAUAUCGAUCGCGGCCGUGCUCAUCCCGGCCUACCGGGCGUUCGUGGGGAGGUUCCGGCAGUAUAUGGAUAACACGAGGCAGGCGGAUAAGUACAUCAAGUAUCAGCCGGAGGAUGUGGAGACGAUGAUCGAGAAGCUUUUCGAGGGGAAUAGUAUUUCGAUGAUGAGGAGGAAAUAGGUUUGGACUGGAUUCGCCAUUGUUGAUAGCUAGGGUUUGUAUAAUAUUUUUUCUUUGUUUUUAGGGUUUUCUUCACUUGUUUUUUUCUUUGGAUCUUUAGAAUAUUCAUGAAUCGAGAUGGUUGGGUAGUUUUUGGUAAGAUUAGUUACUAUUUGCUUGUAAAUUCAUAAAAUUGGCUACAUUUUGAUCUUGUAUAUUGAAAAUGUGCUUCUCGAAUAUCGAAUUAUUGAUUUAUUUUAAUUUUGAA